AGGAAGGUUUUGUUACUGUUUUAUCCCCUGAACACUUCAUUUCAGUAGUUAAAGUUCUCAGUAGAUGUGGUGAGUCUUGUGGUAGGAAUAAUGACCUCAUAAUGUGUGUGUUGUGUGACUUAAAUUAGCCGUGUUCUCCACAAGUUAUAAAUAGUGCAGAUGAUUGUCAGCUGAGUGCAGAUAAACACACACAGCCUUCAGCCUCAGAACACGACGAUAACAUCAGCCGGAAAAACGCUCCGACUAGAAACGCAGGAUCAGCUGCUUCUCUGUGGCUGAGGAUGGAAUAAUUAAGAAAGAUAAGACUGUUCUGUCUCAUAAAUCUUCACUCCUGGAUUUGGAGAAUAGACGAACAGGAAGUCCAUCUGUGUCUCUCAGCUUCUGUUCUUCAAGAAACAACAAAUCUGACAUGAGGAGGAUUCAGAAAGCAGCGGUGGUGUUUAUUCAUUUUCUUUUUUAGAACAUUUACAUCACAGUUCUCUGAUUGGUCAAAUUACAAAAGUGAGGAAAACACCGGAUUUAUUUGAGGUACUCGUCUGAAGGAAGGAAAGAAAAGAUAAAGAAAAUAAAGAAGUGGACGAGGAAUGAAAGAAGGAAGUAAAGAAGGAAACAAGUUAAGAAGGAUGAAGAAAAUUAGGAAAGAAGAGAGGAAACAUGAAAGGAAGGAAAGAAAGGAAGAAGUAAUGAGCAAGAAAGCAUGGAAGAAAAGGCAGAAAGAAGGAAAGAUUGAAAGAAGGGAGGAUGGAACUGAAGGUGGAAGGAAAGAAAGUAUGAAGCAAGGAAAUGUGAAAGAAAGAAACAAAUGGAAGGAAGGAAUAACUAAAGAAGGAAGCAAGAAAGAAAAGAAGGAGACACAAGGAAUCUAGAAAGAGUGAUUGAAGGUAGUAACCCAGGGAAUAAAGAAGGAAGGAAAGAAAAGGAAGAAAUAAAGAAGGAAGGAAAGAAUGAAGGGAAGCAAGGAACUAAAGAGGGCAACAUGAAAGAAGGAAUGAAAUGAAUAAGGAAAUGUGGAAAAAAGACAGGAAGGAAGCAAAGAAAGAUGGAGGGAAGGAACUAAAGAAGGAAGCAAAGAAAAAGGAGAGAGGGAAGAAAAAAGAAAUAAGGAAGGAAAGAAAAACUGAAGGAAAUAAAGAAGGAAGCAAAGAAAGGAAAUGAGGAAGGAAAGGAAAGGAAGAAAAAAGAAGGAAGGAAAUAAAAGGAAGAAGAAAGAAGGAAGGAACUAAAGAAGGAAGUAAAGAAAGAAGGAAACAUGAAAGAAGGGAGGAAGAAACAAAGGCCGGACACAGUUUGAACUCCUGGAUGUACAGAAACCUGAUAAGCAAACAUGACUCCUCCUCCAGCUGUAGUACUCGAGUAAAAGUACUCAGUUACUUGUGUGUGGUGUCGGGUGUCUGGGGGAGGACCGCUCUAACUUUAGGAGGUCUGUCAGUUCCACCAGCCACUUCAGAGGAGAGAACACACUUCAGUCUCAGCAUCAGGAAGAGAGGUGGGAUCUUGGUUGCCAUGGCGUCGGCCAAUGAGAGCGGGGAGCUGGGCGAUCAGACGGUACCUGAUGAAGGCGAGGAGGAGGAGAGGAGCGUCCGAGGAGUCCAGGCUCAUUACCUCCGCUGUCCCUCACCCAGUUUCUCCAUGGCAUCAGAGUCCAGGUUCUCCAUGAUCUCUGGGUCCGAUGCCGCCAGCAUCUUCAUGGAGCCCAUCCACCUUUCCUCCGCCAUCGCUGCCAAGAAGAUCAUCAACGAGGAGCUGCCUCCUCGUGGUGUUUACACCGAGUCCAUCCCAGAGUCCAUGCUGGAGACGGCCGAGCAGCUGAUGGUGGAGGAUCUUUACAACCGAGUCCGGGACAUGAUCGACGACCGCAGCCCCUACAACACCCCCUGUGUGCUGGACAUCCAGAGGGCCAUGGUGCAGGACCGCCUGGAGGCUCCCGUCAACCCCGUGGACGAGGUGUGGCCCAACAUCUACAUCGCCGAGAAGUCUGUUGCGGUUAAUAAGGCCCGUCUGAAGAGAAUGGGCAUCACACACAUCCUGAACACGGCUCACGGCACCGGAGUCUACACCAGCCAGUCCUUCUAUGCCGGCAUGAACAUCCAGUACCUGGGAAUCGAGGUGGACGACUUCCCCGACGCCGACAUCUCCACACACUUCAGACCCACCGCCGAGUUCCUGGACGAGGCUCUGCUGACGCACAAAGGAAAGGUUCUAGUGGUUUCCAUGAUGGGCGUGAGUCGCUCCGCCGUCCUGGUGGCGUCCUACCUGAUGAUCUUCCAGCACAUGUCCAUCAUGGAGGCGCUGACGUCCAUGAGGAAGAAACGCCCCAUCAACCCCAACGAAGGCUUCCUGAAGCAGCUGCGAGAACUCAACGAGAACCUGAUGGAGGAGCGAGACGACGAUGACGAAACGCUCAGCCAGUGCUCCGUGAUUGACGCCCGCACCCGCGCUCGCAUCUUCGGCGAAGGUGGAGAUUAUGAUGAUGAUGAUGAUGAUGAUGAUGAUACAGAUACAGAUAAAGAGGAAGAGCAGAGCAUGAUCGAGGUGAAAGCUAACUCCAUCAUGAUGGAGGAGGAGGAGGAUGGAGAAAGCGUGAUGAGCAGCGUCGCCUCAUCUGCUGCUGCAGCGCUCAGAAAUGGGCUGAUGGGAAUUCAGAACGGGUCGGACACCCGGACUGGUCAGGAGGAGCUGGUUCUGCCUGAGGAUGGCAGGGAGGACAGCGACGAUGACGACGGUCUGGACAGCAUGAUCCGCGAGUGGCAGCGGAGAAACGAGAAAUACCAGAACGACGAGUGGUGGGAGGCGCAGCUCAACAGCGACGUGGAGGACGGGGAGUCUGUCAUAGGACGUCGUCCAAAGAAGACUAAAGAUGUGGACGCCGACAUGGAGAGUGUCACCAGCGAGGACGUACGAGCUGUGAAAGAACAUCUGAAGCGUCGAAACAGACGUCCGCCCUCAGACGCGAUGUCCACCUCCAGCUGCACGAGUUACUCUGAUCUUUGGAGGCAGCGGCUGAGGGAGAUCGAAGAACAAGCUGCUGCUCGCUACCGCAAAAAAGAAGAUGAUGAAGGCAGCGAGAGCACUGCCACAGAGGGAGAACCAGGAAAGAAGAAGAUCGACGAUGAGGUGGACAGCAUCAUCUCCGACUCCAGUUCCAUGUACAACUUCUGCCAGAAGAAUAAGGAGAAGAUGACACCGUUGGAGCGCUGGCGCAUCAAGAGGAUCCAGUUCGGCUGGAACAAGAAAGAUCGUGAAGACGGAGAGAAAAGUUCUGUCGCUGACGGAGAGAAAGGUGACGGCGAGGGAGAUGCCAAGACACCGUCCUUUGAAGAUGUCAACCUGACGGCAUAUCAGGCCUGGAAGCUGAGGCAGCAGAAGCGUCUCGGGGAGGAGAACAUGGAUGAGAUUCUGGAGAUGAGUCGAGGUGAGGACUCAGCAACGGUCAAGAGGAGGCAAAGACGUGAAGAGAUUCUGGAGCGUGCGAAGAAGACUUUAGAAGAAAGUCAGUCCGUGUGUGGCUGGGAGGCUGAGAGCUGCAUUAGUGGAGGAACCAUACCUCUGUCGGCCUUCUGGGCCGGAGCCGGCGUCACCGGGCCGCCGAGCGUCGCCAACGAUGACAACAUGUCCAUGCUCAGUGGGAGGUCCUCUGUCAUAUCUUCAGUUUCACAACCUCGCAGCACAAGAUCCUCACAAUCUGUCGGCCCCAUGAAUCCUGUUCCUCCAGUUCCUCCCAUCCUCCCAGUUUCAACUGUUCAAGGCCCCGUAGGAGAACCGAUGGUCAACCUGAGCAGCAUCCAGAACUGGAUCGCCGACGUCGUUUCUGAGACGAUCAGACAGAAGCAGAGUGAAAUGAGCCUGCCUCUUCCUUCACGGGCUCGUUCUGAGCUGAGCUUUGGAGGUGCAUCCAGCGUGAUCUCAGGUCGAGGUGGAGACGAAGACAAGGCGUCCCUGCUGAGUGGAGCUUCCUACUCCAGCGCUGUGUCCCAGGGCCGUGGCAGGACGCCGUCCGUCCUGUCAGCCGGCGGGUCCAGCAGCAUCUCAGGACUCAGCGGUCAAGGAUCGGCCCUGGACUCCACCCUGGGCUCCAAGAAGAACAAGAUCACCACCACCAGCGUGCCCCUGUUCAGCCUCUUCCAGGACCAGGUCAACCUGGGCAAACUGGACGCCAUGGACAAGGAGAUCAAAUCUGAGAUGAGGGGCAAGAUGGCGACCUACGAAAAGAAGAAGAUCCUGGAGGACAACAAGCGCAGCACUCUGUACAAGAAGAAGAAACCCAAGGAGGAUGAAGACGAGGAGGAGGAGAGGAAGCAAAAAGAGGAGGAGUUUCUUGAGGAGGCAAAGAAAAAAGAGAAACCGAAGAGGACUUACGGCCUCUCCGGGUGUCUGAAUCUGAACCCGGAGCUGGAGAAAGAUAAAAACACGAGCAUCGACGACUGGCUGCAAAGCGUCCGACCUCCUGCCAGAAAACCCGCCUCAGGAGCAGAAGUUGGUCCUCCAGAGGAUCUGUACGAUGAUCUCGAUGCCUCUGCUUCUGAAUUCGACUUCUCCAGCCGCAGGGCCUCUUAUGCUGCAGAAGACGACGAGGAAACGACAUACGGCGUCACUUCCAGAUACCGGUCAAGGCUUCACGAAGAUCUAGCGAGUGAAGACGCCGAUUAUUCCAACAACGGCUUCGCUCCGUCCCACAGCUACAGCCGGGUAGGAAGGUCGUACGACGAUGGAACGGAGAGCUACAGCAACUUCUCCACCAGCAGGAGGUUCACUCAUCAAUAUGGAAGCAGCGAUACAGAAGGCAGCAGCAGGAGCAGGAGGGAGGAAGCUGACAGAGAAGACGAGGAAGACGACAUCGCCACCUUCAUCGCCCAAACCAGACAGAGGAUCAGAGCUCGAGCUGCAGCCGAAGCCAAAGACGACGAAGUCCUCGCUGCUUGGAGGGCGCAGCAGGAAGCCAAGUCACAGAGCAGAGGGGAGUCGUAGAAAGUAAGAGUCUGUGCUGCUGCUGGGUCAAAAAAAGCUCUUUGUGAAGAAGUUCAACAUGAAAUAAGGUCUGAGGCUCAUUGAGAGGGGAAUGAAGGGCUUUUUAUUCUGCACUGAUGUUCUAAAAACACUAAAAUUAAACAUUUUGUGAGUCGUAUUCUCACCCAUAGCUAAAAUAUGCACCUUUACCUCCUCAUCAUGCUUCAAAACUGUAUAAGAAUUAAUAAUCACUAUUAAUAUACAGAGUUUAUCCUUCAAGUAAGGUUUUAUUUGCACAAUUUUUGAAUGUAAACAUGAUUUAAAAACACAUUUAGUGCAUAUUUCCAUAAAAGAUGCUGAAAAGUGAGAGAAUUGUUUCGGAUUUGUACUGAUGCAGAAAUUUAUUGUUGUAAUAAAUUCAGAUAAACAGCAA